GAUUGCGAAGCAGACGACUCGACUCAUGCCAAAUGGGAUUAUUGUGCAGGGAUUCUGAAUGAAGGACGAGGAUAAAAACACGUCCCUGCUGUUCGAAUCUUCCCCUCGCCGUCUGCUGUGACCCAUCAGUAUUUCAAGAUGCUUCUCUCGUUAAUUCAAAAAUCUAAAAGUAUAAUGGGCAUCGGGGAAAACGCCAUCCCUGCAUCCCCGUCGUCACCCUCCACUGUACCCCCUUUGCCGAAUGACCUCCAAAGCAGUUCUGAUAAGUCACCGAGUUCAAUGGAGGCACACGGCACGACUCAGAGCGAGCACAAGGAGUUUCAAGAACUCAUCUACGACUAUAUUCGCAGCAUUAAAGAUCCUGAAAAGCCCGCAACUUUAGAAGAUUUACACGUUGUGUACGAGGAAGGUGUUCAGGUGAAAGGAGUAACGGCAGACAAUGUGAAAAUUGUAAGAAUAGAAUUUAAUCCCACAGUUCCCCACUGUUCUCUAGCUACACUAAUAGGGCUAUGCAUAAGAGUGCAGCUGGAAAGAACAGUAGCCCACACCAACCCUUUUAAGCUAGACAUUUACAUCAAAAAAGGAACUCAUAAUACUGAAGAAGAAAUCAACAAGCAAAUCAAUGACAAAGAAAGAAUAGCUGCAGCCAUGGAAAAUCCCAAUCUAAGAAAAAUUGUUGAAGAUUGCAUUCAGGACGAUGACUGAAGAAAGACUGAUAUCACCGUUUUCACAUUUUACUAUGAAAAUCUAUUUUUGUGAAGUUGUACUCUGUAAAUAAUAUAUUUGUUAUAAAAGUUUCUACUCUGUUGC